AUGAUUUUCUUUCCGUCACCCACUCUCCAUGAUCUUUACCUUACUAAAACAUUGUCUGAUUUAAAGAUUGGUAUAUUCACUGAUUGGAAUAAACGAGUAGUCGACCCUACUAUUACUUCAUCUCUAAAUUCAUUCAUUAAUGAAUUCAAACUUCGCGGUGCUGAAUUUAUUGAAAUUGAUAUUCCGGAAUUAGAGGACGCACAAAUAGCUCAUUCAACUGCUAUUUUAUCCGAAUUCUGUUCCUUUAUGAAUGAGUACAAAGAAUAUUUACAUUUGUUGAGUCUUCCUAAUAGAGCAAGCAUCGCGACAUUCAGUAAUGCGAAUGCUUCGGAUUACAUUAAAGCAUUACAAGUUCGUACACGUAUGAUGCGUAAUGUAUCAGUCUUAUUCUCUGGUGUUAACCUUAUUUUAACACCUACUUGCGCCAUAACUGCUCCUCCAAUCUAUCCGGGAGCUUUAAAAUAUGGUGAAAUAAAUACAUCUGUCACUGCAUAUGGAGUAAGAUUUACAAAAUUAGCCAAUUUCAUUGGUAUUCCUGCCGUUACUGUACCAGCAGGUUACAAUGAUAAAAACCUACCAAUUGGAUUACAAUUUAUGGCAAAAUGGUAUGAUGAAGCAACAUUAUUAAGGGUUGCAAAAGUUUCAGAGGAAAUAAUUGGAUGUAAAAGGCGAAGACCUGCUGAAAAAUAUUGGUUUGGUGAUUUAUUGUAA